CCCUCCCCCCGCCCUUUACCAAGGAAGCAGCUUAAGAAAAGCAAACGAUCAGGGAGACUAUGUCUUUCUAAGUCGGUGUGUUUUUCGCGUGGUGGUCAAGAUGAUGUCUUGAAGAUCGGUUUCAGCUCCUCCGUCCGUACUCAGCAUGAAUAUGGACUAAGAGAAGAUGGCAACAGCGUUUGAAGAACAAACGGAAGGUUAGAAAUGAUGGCGGCGUAGCACGGAGUUAGAAGGAUGGUUCCCCGGAAUGAAGAAUUGAAGACAAGAGAAGAAGAAGCAACAAAGAACAAGACAUAAAGAAGCGAUCAAGUCGAGACAAGCAGCUCGAAGUACAAAAACAACAAGAACAAGAAGAAGAUAACAAGUGGCAGCAUGUUGCGCGACUCGGAAGAAGCGACAGCGUGGCUGCGCAUGGCCGACCCCGUGAAGAACUGGAGCGACUGGCAGCUGGCGCUGGACAAGCCAAGCUUGUUGAGCAGCGGCGCCAUCCAGACGGUGGAGAUCGUGGAGAAGGCGGACGACGGCAAGCUGGCCCACGACGUGGACGACCUGGCGGCGAUCUUCGAGGGCCUCGUGGACGGAGCGGACAUCCAGCUCCCCUGCGACGACCUGGAGCAGACUGCCCCCAGCAAGGACGCGACCGCGGGCUGGAUUGACACGCUGGACGACGACGUGGUGAACGUGAACGAGCUCUCGGCCGCGUUCGACAUGCUGGUGGACGAGCAGGAGAAGGCGGCGGAGACGUCGGAGGACGACGAGGACGACGAGAUGGAGGAGGCUGACAGCGGCGACGAGGCUAGCCCCAACGUCAAGAUCAUCCCGUCGGCCCCCGUGUGGGCCUCCAUGGCCCCGCUGGACCCUCGCUCGUGCAUCCGCACGCCGGUGUUCAAGAACCUGGACUCGCGUAUCCCGCGCGUGUCGGUGCCUCGGAUGGACCUGUCUUUCUCGCCCAACGGCGCGGUUGUGAAGGCUGCUGGUGCCCCCGGCGUCAGCCGCCCGCCGCUGUCGAUGUCGCCCAAGAGCGAGAAGGCCAAGGUCGCCAAGUACCACCACGACCCCAAGACGUGCUGGAUCUGCAUGAGUUCCAAGACCCCGGAGAAGAAGCGCGCGCUGCACCGCUACCACGAGAAGCGGACGCGCCGCAACUGGAAGCGGGGUCCUCGGUACACUGGACGAAGUAACGUCGCGACGUCGCGUGUGCGCAACGGCGGACGGUUCAUCUGCACGACGCGGUGGAUCUGAUUCUCUUCUUGAAGCCUGCGGGCUGGUUUGAUUUGGUUUGGUUUGAUUUUUUUUAGCUUUUUCUUUUACCUGGAGCUUCUCUCCACCCAGUUUUUUCAUGUUAGUUGGUAGGGCUUUUCCUUUAUAAUGCAAGUAAUGCAUUGGCAUCAUUUUCAAACAUC